UACCCAUGAAUAAAACCACAAACCCGAAAACCUCAAUCACAUUAAACAAAAAACAAAAAAAAAACAAUAAAUUACCUCUUACAAAAAAAAAAAACUUAAUGGUACUUAACCAAAUUCCCGUCGAAAUUCCAAAUUGCUGAAAGGAAUUUCCACGUGUGAAGAUGCUGAAGAAAUUUACCAAUAAGGUCGGAGGAGUGCAGAAAAGCCGUAGUUUUAAGAUCGACGAGGGAUUAAAUCUGGACCAGAUUAUUACAAAAUUAAGGCUUUUGGGAGAGCCUAAUCCUGGGCUUCAGCUGUCCACCCGGGAAAUCGAAAUGGUUUGUGCACGGGCCCGAGAAGCUUUGCUGGAGCAACCGACUUUACUGGAGCUAUCGUCACCGAUCAAUCUACUGGGUGAUAUUCACGGGCAAUACAUAAAUCUGCUAAGGUAUUUUGAUGCAAAUGGUUAUCCCCCGGACUCGGUUUAUCUGCUGCUGGGCGAUUAUGUGGACCGAGGCAAGCAGUCGAUCGAAACAUUGACCCUUCUGCUGGCCCUCAAGGCCAGACAUCCACAGAACUUCUAUUUACUGCGUGGAAACCACGAGUGUUCCAGCCUGAAUCACUUUUACGGAUUCUACGAUGAGUGCAAGCGGCGCUUCACGGUUAAACUUUGGCGUACUUUCGUCGAUUGUUACAAUUGCUUGCCGCUGGCGGCGAUCAUUGAGAAAACGAUUUUCUGUUGCCAUGGAGGCCUGAGCCCCCAUUUGUUUAGCAUGUCACAAAUUAUGAAAAUUGAAAGGCCCUUGGAGAUUCCAGAGUCGGGAUUGGUAUGCGAUAUCCUGUGGUCCGAUCCGGAUUUUCGCAAGAUGGGUUGGGCUCUAAACGAGCGAGGCGUUAGCUAUACUUUUGGCUCCGAUGUGGUCGGUGCGUUUUUGCACCGCUUCGGAUUCAAUAUGAUUUGCAGGGGUCAUCAAGUCGUCGAGGAUGGUUAUGAGUUCUUUGCGAAACGCCAGCUGAUCACCAUUUUUUCCGCACCCAAUUAUUGCGGCGAGUUCGAUAAUGCUGGCGCCAUGUUGUGUAUUGACAAGAAUCUCCUCUGCACGUUUCGAAUUCAGAGGCCAAUUAUCCAUGGGCCUACGAAGUCAGUGUAUGUUUAGAAAGAAAACUUUGUAAAGUUUUUUCAACCCUAAAGUCUUAUUAACCAGUGCAAUAUUACCAAACAAUAUUGACACAAAAAUGACUACAAAUGUACUCUUCUGCAGAUUUCAAAGCUAAAGAGAUUCAUUUAUUACCACUGCUAAUUGAGUGCCUCAAUUACAAUACAAUUAAUCGAAAAAUGCAUUAAAAAAUAUUUCAAUAAAAAUUAUUGGAUGAAAAAAAA